AUGCCGCCUCACAUUCCGAUAGGCUGCGGCGAGAAGUUCUGGUGGCAGCGGCGGCGGAAUCAGGUGUGGAAGAAAAACACCGAGUUUGAAGCGCUGACCCCUGAGGAAAUGCGCACCAUUCUCGAAGACGACCGCCUGCACGCACCGAACGAAGUAGAGGACACCUUCAACGCCCUCCUCAAGUGGAUCCACGCCGACGUGGCCGCCAGGAAGCGCUACCUGGCGCAGUUUCUGCCUCUAUUGCGGCUUGCAUGGUGCAGCGUCCCAGACUUCGAGAAAGUAAUCACCAACCCAGCAAUCAAUGGCGACGGAGACUGCCUGAAGGUGUUGGAUGUAAUCUACCAGUCGACGACCCGGAAAUUCAUGGCGGUUGGCGAAGUUGCCGGAACGGAUCUGUCCCACAAGAUGUGGAUGAGGCCUCGCAUUCCAAAGGACAUCAUCUUCGUCUUCGGUGGAUGGGCAGAUGGCGCCAUUAGCAACAUGCUCACGUACAACUGUCGCACAGAAAAGUGGCGCGACAUGGGCAACCAGUGCACUCCGUGCAGGUCGUACCACGGCAUGGCGGUGAUCGGCCAGCGCAUUUACGUCUUGGGCGGCUUCAACGGCUGCGAGUGCCACCGCACUGUCGUGUGCUUCGACGUGGCCUUGGGAAGAUGGAGCUACAAGGCGCACAUGGGGCGCGCACGUUGCUACGUCAGCGUAGCCGUUCUAAAGGGCUACAUCUACGCCAUGGGUGGCUUCGACGGUCGCAGUCGCACCAGAACAGUGGAGCGGUAUUCCGUGAAGAAUGAUCAGUGGACCAACGUUGCCAAUAUGAAGUACAUGCGCAGCGACGCCAGCGCUGCGGCGGCUUGCGGUCGCAUCUACAUCGCGGGUGGCUUCACAGGUCGUAGGUUCUUGGAAACUGUGGAGUGUUACGACCCAUCGACCAAGGUCUGGACCUUAGUAAAGUCCAUGCCCUGGCUGAGCAGUGGCCACAAGUUGGUUGCCCAUGACGACAUCAUCUACAUUAUGGGCGGAUCCAACAACAACGGCCGCAUCUCUUUUGUCACCCAGUACGACGUGAGGAGAGAUCGGUACUCCGAUCUACCCAGCAUGCCCUACGCCAAGAGCAACUUCGCAGCGGUCGUCUUGGAGGGCUGCAUCUACACCAUAGGUGGCUUCGAUGGAAUGAACACCGUGCAACAAGUUGAGAGGUACGACAUCGCCGCCCAGAAGUGGUACACGGCUCCCCAGAUCAACACCAAGUGCAGUGCCUCCGCUGCCUGCGUUGUUCGAGACAUCGCCAACCCUGGUACGCUCUAA